AUGGCUCCAUAUUCUUCUCAGUUCCUAUGGAAUUUGUUUUUGUUCAACGUUCUUAUCUUAUCCACCAUCUCGUGUGCAAUUGGAUGCUACACAUCAAUCUUUGGCUUUGGGGAUUCACUUGCCGAUACCGGAAACUUAAUGCACUUGUCACAGCCUGAUAAACUUCCCCACUUCUCCUUUCCUCCUUACGGUGAAACCUUUUUUCACCAUCCUACCGGACGUUGCUCCAAUGGUCGUCUUGUCAUAGACUUUAUUGCUGAAUAUCUAGGACUUUCAUUUGUACCACCAUAUUUUGGAGGAAGCAUGGAAAGUUUUAAAGAGACCGGUGUCAAUUUUGCUGUAGCGGGAGCGAGUGCGCUUGAUGCUGCUUUUCUUCAAGAUAGAGGAAUCACGAACCACUCGACCAAUAUUUCUUUGGAUGUUCAGCUGGGUUUGUUCAAAGAACUAUUGCCGUCUCUCUGCUCCACGCCUUCAGGUAAGUCUUCCAUUUCAAGUUACAGGCAGAUAUAA